AUGAGGAAAAUCCCAACAGGAGACAUGCGCAUAGUACUUGGCGAUUUCAAUGCAAAAAUCGGAAAUAAUAAUGAAGGGCUCCAAACAAUUAUGAGCUGUAAUGGUCUUGGUAGUGUAAGAAAUGGAAAUGGCGAGCAUUUGGUGGAGUUCUGUACAACUCACAACAUGUUUAUUGGUGGCUCUAGAUUUCCACACAAAGAUAUACACAAGUAUACAUGGCAAUCUCCAGGCGGUCGAAUGCAAAACCAAAUAGACCACGUCCUUAUUAGCCGGAGAUUUCACAACACACUUUUGGAUGUGAGAUCACUAAGAGGAGCUGACGUUCAUAGCGACCACAAUCUUGUAGUUGCUAGAGUGCGCCUUCGUCCAACAGCUCUCAACAACCGCUGCAUUGGGCGCCGCAAAUUGAAUCUUGCAAAACUCAAAAAUCCAGAAAGUUGUAAAGAAUACCGAAGGUAUUUUAACACCAAUCUCGAGAACAUUGGAGCUGAAUAUGCGCGGAAUGACGUAGCAACAGCAUGUACUUCAGCGGCUAAGUCGUCAUUGGGCUUUGUAAAGCAACAAAAUAAGCCAUGGUUACGUGAAAGCACUUGGCAAAUUGUUCAAAAAAGACGGAAUAUUCAAAAUCAGCUCCAAAGUACCCACGAUCCUAUACGGAAAGUGAAUCUCGCUUCACGUUACAAGAUUGCAGAUACGGAGGUAAAAGACAAGGCUGCAAAAGAUAAAGAGAGGUACUAUAACGAGAUUGCCAGCGCCGCUGAAAAAGCUGCUUACAAAAAUGACUUAAAAGGUGUAUACGUUGCCAUCAACAAACUAGCAAAUGUGAAACCCCAUAUGCCACCAUUAAAAGAUAUAGAGGGGAACACACUAACCACCGUGGAGAAGCAGCUUACCGAGUGGAGAAGACAUUAUGAAACUCGCGAAAGUGUUGAAGAAGCAGACGCCGUCCCCUGCAAUAGACGACGGAAUCCCAACAGGAAUAUCUCGACUGAGCCCCCAUCUAGCUCGGAAAUUAAAACCACAAUCCACAAGCUUAAAAACAACAAAGCUGCUGGCUUGGAUGGUAUACCACCUGAGUUAUUAAAAUUCGGUGCUGAUGAAAUAACCCCACUACUGCGCCCCCUAUUACUUCAAAUCUGGUCAACAACCAUCAUCCCGAUUGACUGGAAAGAGGGCAUAAUAAUAUUAGAAGACAACGACAUCGCAAAGAUGGCCCUAGAUUGUUUGCGUUGA